AUGGUCAAACGGCACAGACAAGCCUGCACCCCUCAUCAAGGAUCCAUUUUGUUGGACAAAGACGGGAAGAGAAAACACACGAGACCCACGUUCUCGGGACAGCAGAUCUUCGCCCUGGAGAAGACUUUCGAACAAACGAAAUACUUGGCGGGGCCCGAGAGGGCUCGCUUGGCUUAUUCUUUGGGGAUGACGGAGAGUCAGGUCAAGGUCUGGUUCCAGAACCGCCGGACCAAGUGGAGGAAGAAGCACGCGGCGGAGAUGGCCACGGCCAAGAAGAAGCAGGACUCGGAGACCGAGCGGCUCAAGGGGGCCUCGGAGAACGAGGAGGAGGACGACGACUACAACAAGCCCCUGGACCCCAACUCGGACGACGAGAAAAUCACGCAGCUGCUGAAGAAGCACAAGUCGGGCAGCGGCGGCGGCCUCCUGCUGCACGCGUCCGAGGCCGAGAUUUGCUAUUUUCUGAGAUGUACAUAUCUAUUUUUUUAACCUAAAAGUUGAGGAAGAUGGAGGAGAGAGACUCGGGGGUUGGUAAGAAGGCAGAAAAAUGACGAGAUACACUGCGCAAAGAACGCAACUGAAACUCCCCGCUGGGCCGUCCUCCGCGCCAGCUCCUACCCUCUCCCUGUAUCCGAGGAGGGGGCGGCCCGGACCCCAGCGCACUCUGGCUUCCCGGCCUUUGCACCGCAGGGAAGGGCGGGGGGGGGGGCGCCCUCAGGGACCAGUUUUCGUGGGAUCGACUGCUACUGCGCAGGGGACCUCGGAGCUGAGCGGGCGGGCGGACGCCAAGGAUGGGAAGAGGGACGCGUCUCCCCCCCACAAACUGCUGUGCGGACUAAAGUAACCUGUUGAAGGCCCCUUGUAAAUAAAUCGUGAGUCACACUGACUAGAAGUUACUUUAUUGUGAAUAUUUAAAAUGUAAAAUGGUUUUUUGAAUUUGGUAUAAGAGAUGGACCUCCUUCUUCCUUCCACCCUCCCCCGCCUUUUAAGAGCUAUUGAAACCGCCCGUUCCCCUUUAAUUUUGAACUUAAUUGGAGACCGUAGAAAAGAACGUUCUCAGCCCCCCUCUCCUCCAGCUACUCUGGGGGUUUGGGUUUGUAGGAUCUCACUUCCCCCCUCGUCCCCACUCACUCUCCCCCCUCCACCACCCUGCGCGCGGGGCCGGCUCCAGCCUCCAGCCUCCAGGACUUGAAGUAGAAGAAGCGGAACCGCCUCUCUGUUCCUCUCUGAAAUUGCACAGUCGUUUGUUGCUAUUUAUUAGUGAUUUAAAGAAAGUAUUCGGGAGGGAGGGGCUACAUAGCUUGUAUUUAAUUUAACUCCUUUCGUAUAAAAAUGCGUGUUAAAAUAGAUGGUGGGCAUUGUUACAACUGCUCUGGGUCAGAAACAUAAAAAUCCAUUUAGUUGCUGUAAUUGAAUUUGAAGUGUUUUGUAUGAUAAGAAUACUACAGACUAUGUAAAUUGUUUUCUUUUUUUAAGCUAAUAACGGUGAUAUAUUAGCAUCUUUAACAUUUAUUAAUUUAUAUAAGGAAUUCGGUUUGUAAAGAGAAAAGACACCCCCCCUUGCAAGACCAGUUAAAUGUAAUGCACUUUCUGUUUCAAAGGAUAAAAUCAAAUUAAAAAAAACAAACAGUUCGAAGACGUCUGUUGCCUUGAAUGAAAGGGUACAGAUCAUCUGAUCUUAUCAGAGAUCUCAAAUAAAAGUCAAGACCACAAAAAUUUUAUAUUGGUUACUUGGGUAAAAUAGUUGC